AUGAAGCCAUCCAAGCCAAUCUACCCUAGAAUGCAAGAGACCAUGCCCAAUCCUUACCCACCAGGCAACCCAACCAUGGCUCCUGGGUAUCAACAACCCGUGGCUCCUGAAUAUCAACGAUCUCUGAGUUUUAGGAAUGUAGAAAACCAAGCCCAAGGUGGGCAAUUUCCCCCCAUGACAUCUCCAGGGCUCUUUCCUGGCAGUCAGCUGGGUCAAGGAAAUGUAAUAGUAAAUCUAACAGCAGUACCAGCAGCAGUAAACUUGAAAGAAGAAGGAAAGAUACUAGGGUUCAUUAUUUCUGGCUCUCUCUCUAUAUCGGCAGCCAAGGAAAUUUCCCCUUGUCUGGUAAAGGGCAGCCUAGGAAUGAACAUUGUGAGUUCUAUCUGUGCCAUAGUUGGCAUAAGUCUUUUACUGACGGAUCUAAUCAUCAAUGGAGUGGGUCAACAAGACAUCUGGGCAGUGCUUGCUGGGAAAGGAAUAUCAUCUGUACUGCUGAUUUUCUCCCUCCUGCUGGUCUGUGUAACAAGUACCACAGCUCACUUUGCCAAGCAAGCAAUCAUGAAUACCACGUCUGCACUGGCUAUUCCAAAUAUGUAUGCAGCCAACCCCAUGACACAGUCCUCACUACCUCCUCUUACAGUUGAUGGCUACCUGGCUUCUGCUCCUAGAUAAAUAAUAA